AUCCUCCUUGAAACUUUGGUCGCACUUUGCCAAGAUGUCAACCCCAGCGGAAAUAGGAAAGGCGGGACAAUUUUCUUACGACUUGAUAGAUGUGGAUGGAGUUCUUCACAUGGCUUUGAUUGCAGAGAGGUUAAGAACUAUGAAACAGCGACCCAUUCGGCAAGAUGAUAUCUUACUGUGUACAUACCCUAAGUCAGGUACUCACUGGACGUGGGAGAUCCUCAACAUGAUCGUGGCAGGCAAGGCUGAGUACACCAAACACUGGCAGAACUCAGCCUGGCUGGAAUACAGGACGGAGGAAGAACUGGAGACACUGGCAUCACCACGGGUCCUCCACACUCAUUUACUGCCACGGCAGCUGCCCGAAUCGGUGUGGACGCUGGGGUGUAAGAUUGUGUUCGUCCUGAGGAACCCCAAGGACUGUGCUGUGUCCUGCUUUUGUCAAGACAGCAGCCAGGUCUGGAAGGACGACGCCAAAGACACGGUCUGCUUUACAGGGUCAUGGGACGACUACCUAUCCUGUAACCAGGAUGGUUACAGUAUGGAUGCCUUUACCAUGUUUGAUAAGACGACGAAAUAUGACGCACAUGUUAUAUCAUUAGUACAACGGUUCAUUUCUAGUAUGUACUGCUUUGUUUCAGUGACGUAUGGAUCGAUAUUUAAUUACAUUCGUAAUUGGUGGAAAACGGCUGAACAAUACAGUAUAUGUCAGGUCCAGUAUAAAGACAUGAAACAGAAUUGUGUGAACGAGGUAAGAAGAAUGGCUGAAUAUCUUGACCGCCCUCUGCCGGAGAAAACGUACGUGGAAAUAGCAGAGGCGUGCUCCUUCAGCAACCUGAAACACGCCAACGAGAAGAUCAAGGAUCAGACCUACCACUUCCAGUGGCAACAGGGAACAAGUGGAUACUUCAGAAAAGGAAACACCGGUGACUGGAAGAACUAUUUUACAGUCGCGCAAAGUGAGAAGUUCGACAAAAUAUAUGAAGCAAAGCUAAAUAAACCGUUCCCAUAUUGAAAUGAAUGUUCGAAAUGGUUAAGUGAAGCAGCAAGUGGUAAUAUGUUAUACAUCCUCCAUUGUCAAUACCCCAGAAACGCCACUAUUACACUUCAGUAAGAAGGAAGGUUCAGCACUCAUUCAAUAUUUUGUCACUUUAUUUUGAACACCUGGGAUGAUGUCAUAGUUUUUUUAUGUUUUACUUUUGAAACUCGAGUCGUUG